AUGCGUUUCUCGGAAUGGGUUGAAAAACAUGACGUGGACGAGGCGUUUAGACUUCUCAGAGUUGCAAUGCAGCAAUCAGCAACCGAUCAUGCCACCGGGACUAUUGACAUGGAUCUGAUCAACACUGGAGUCUCAGCGAGUGAACGAAUGAGAAGAGAUAUCUUUGUGUCGUCAAUUCGAGACAUAUCUCUUGAGAAAUUGCAAAUCGGAGGUUCAUCAAUGCGCUUAUCCGAUUUACUUGAAGAACUGAAGAAGCACGGAGGCAACAUAAACACUGAAAUUCAUCUUCAUGAUGUACGGAAGGCUGUUGCAACGCUAGCCAGCGAGGGGUUUCUGGUUUCUGAAGGUGAUAGAAUCAAGAGAGUAUAA